AUGGUAUGGCAUGGCAUGGCAUGGCAUGGCAUGGGCACUUGCGUCAAGGUCAUCACCACCUUGGAGCUACCCAGUCCAGUCAGGCCGUCCCUGUUGGCCCUGCAUCUGCCUCAGGGCGCCAGUCCGGCUCCAGUCAGGCAAAAGCAGCGCAGACGCAGUGCAGCGGCCAAAUCAAAUCAGCGGCAAAAGGCGUCGGAUGAGCCGCUUCUGCUGGGCGAGUCACGGCUUCGGCAGCCCGCAAAGCCAGUCGAAUCGCCCGCCAUAGCCGUUUUAACCACCGACCGCUGCUCUUGUUUUGGCUCUGGCUCUGGCUCUGGCUCUGCUGCCCUGCUCAGCUCUGACCCGGAUGGCCUUCUGUCAUUGUUGACCGACCGACCUGACAAGAAUUAA